AUGUACGGAGGCAAUAAGAACGUCUGCUGUGUUCUUUUCCACAAGCCACAGAGUCGCACACUUCCCCUGGCAAUCGCUGGACUAAGCCCAAGAGACAUCGCCAUAAUCGUUGUUGUAUGUUUACUGGUCGUAUUCUUUUUAUUAUGCAUACUGUUGUUUUGCUAUCGAGCGAAACUUAAGAAGUUUUUUCCCUGCAUAAUGAAAAACAAAGUUGAAAAUACUCCGGAACCGACUUCAAGAUAUUCGGCUACCAAUAGGGCAGACAACGUUUUUGAAGGACUCAUGCAAGAUUUCCGGCCUCUCACCAAACGUCAAUCGAUUGAUGGCACAUCGAAAAAGCAAGAAUAUGCGAAGACAAGACAAGAAUCCGAUGAGUGGUUUUUGAACGGGAAUGCCCUACUACAAAUGCACCAGCAACCGCGAAUUGGCGCCAAAAGCGAGAGUAUAGGUCUGCUCAUCAGGGCCAAACCAAAACGCCCAAAAAACAAUGUCGUCAAGGUGCAUCUUUCGAACUUUCCCCGAAAAGAACCAAAAAUUAUGAUCGAUUCAGACGAGGAAGACGUGCGGUGA